AUGAAUUUAGGAUUCAUUGGUGCUGGCAAAUUGGCACAUGCUCUUGCUAAGGGCUUUAUAGCAGCAGGUUUGACAAAAGGUAAUCUAUUGACAGUUAGUUGUGCACCAGAAGAUACUUUGUCUGCAGAAACAUUUAAGCAACUAGGAGCAACCAUAAAUUAUGAUAAUAAAGAAAUCAUAAAAAAAAGUGAAGUAACUAUCAUAGCAGUGAAGCCAGAUGUGAUACCGCAAGUUCUAACAGAUAUUAAAGAUGUUGUCACGAAAAAAAACUUACUAUUGUCAGUUGCUAUGGGUGUGACAAUAAAACAGUUGGAACAGGGGCUUCCAGGUAACAGCAGAGUUAUAAGAGUGAUGCCUAACACUCCUGCUUUGGUUAGAGAAGGAGCGACAGUUUAUGUCAGUGGUACGCAUGCUACAGAGCAAGAUUGCGACUUAACUAAGCAACUGUUCGGUUCGGUAGGUAUUUGUGAAAGGGUUAAUGAAUACAUACUGGAUCCAGUUACGGCUUUGAGUGGAUCUGGACCAGCAUUUAUUUACACAGUUAUUGAAGCGCUAUCAGAUGGUGCAGUUCGAAUGGGAAUGGCAAGGGACUUGGCUUAUAAAUUGGCUGCUCAGACUGUAGUUGGUGCCGGUAAAAUGGUUCUUAAUACUCAGACACACCCUGGAGUUCUCAAAGACAACGUAACAUCUCCUGCAGGUUCUACAUGUGAAGGACUGCAUCAUCUUGAAGAAAAUGGUGUUCGAUCAGCAUUUAUUAAAGCAAUUGAAGGAGCAACCAAAAAAUGUAGAGAAACCGCAAAAAAACAAUAA